AUGACACCAACAAACAAUUCGCCAAAUUUACUUCGUAAACAACAGGUAACUAAUAAACUAAGUCGACAGUCAUCUUCUGCUAGUACGAUACAACGGCGAAAUCAAUACAUGGCAUAUCAACGUCGUCAAAACAUAGCAGCAACCAGUAAUGACUUUCUAAAUCAACACACGCCAUCAACGUUAGCUGUGCCACUGCUUUCCGGUGUGAUGAAUGAAUUUUUUCAAGCUACUAAAGUAAUGGAAGAUGAAAUUAUGUUGCCGUCAAGAUUAAAAGACAUGCCCGUGGAUGAAUUGAUCCUCGACAAUGCCGUUCAACCAAACAACUGGCAUGAACUGUAUACUUUCGUCCGUGAUGUUCGCGAUCAACUCACUCGAUCACAUCCAUUUAUUGAUAAUGAUAUAACAUCACAUCAAGUCGAGAACAAAGAUAUCAAUGAUGACGAAGGAAUUUUACUUGCUAGUUCUGAUCAUAAUCCCAACUCAUCUGCCUCAUCUACCGUCUCAUCCGAUGAAUAUGAACACAGUACAACGUCCUCAAAUUUGACCUCGUUUGAUACAAUGAAAGAGGAACUCAAAUAUCAUUUUUUUGGUUUAAUAGGGUCACUCGAUAAUCUGAAACUAAUGGCAAACAGAGUUACUGAAAAAUAUCGAGAUGAUUCCACAUUUAAAAUUUAG